GAGGUGGGAGGUGCGUGACUGGCUGCGCGGGAGCCGUGGCUGGUGCCGUUCCGGUUCUCGCUCGUUGGCCAUGUCUGAGGCAUAUUUCCCUGUGGGCCCCGGGCUGGGCCUGGAGGAGAGCUUCCUGUCGCUGGACGACAUCCUGAUGUCGCAGGAGAAGCUGCCGGUCCGCGCCGAGACCAGCCUGCCACGCCUGGGUUUCGUGCUGGGCCAGGGGACAGGCACGGGGGACGCCAUGACUGAGGGAUCAAAGCUGGAAAUCCCUCUGUGGCUUGCUAAAGGUCUGCAUGACAGCAAGCGAAGAAUAAUUUCUGUGGAACUGCCAAAGAUUUACAAGGGAGCCUGGAGGACAGUGUUGAGCGCUGAUGCCAAUGUGGUUGAUCUGCAUAAAAUGGGGCCAUACUACUAUGGAUUUGGCUCCCAGCUCCUGAAUUUUGACAAUCCAGAGAACCCUGAGAUAGCCCAGACUAUCCUGCAGACAUUUAUUAGCCGUUUUCGUCAUGUCAUGGACUCCUCUCAGAAUGCCUACAACGAAGACACAUCAGCACUGGUGGCUCGGCUGGAUGAACUGGAGCGAGCCUUGUUUCAAGCUGGCCAGAAAGGGCUGAAUGACUUCCAGAGCUGGGAAAAGGGACAGGCUUCUCAAAUCACAGCCUCCAGUCUGGUCCAGAAUUAUGGGAAAAGAAAGUUCACAGAGGUGGAUGGUUAAAAGCCUGAAGAAUGUGCAGCUACAGUGAGGGACACCAAGAGAUUUACAGUCUGUCUGUCACAGAAGAUAAAGAUGAAUCAGCUUUGGGGAAGGACAGGCUAACUGUCCAUUAGUGGGAAUUCUUCUCUAUAACAUCUUCAGAUCUGACUAGUGCAAUUUUUAAAGGCAGACAGCAAGGGUAUAAAAAAGAGAUGGCAUCACAUUGGUGGACAGCUUUACAGCUUGCUCAUACCACUUCUGAGGUUUUGCACUUCAAGUGUGUGCUAGAUGGCUGAAAGGGUAUGAGACAAUUUUCUAGAAGGGUCAUUAAUAUUUAUUAUUCUUUAUCUCCCCAGCUGAUAUUUACGAUACCGGAUCUGUCUGGAAACAAGUGUAAUUCUAUGUAUUUCAUCUUGCCCUUCCCAUUCAAGCCUCCUGGGAACAGCUAAUGCCAGGUUCCCUGUUCUUUGGAGAGCCCCAGUGAUGUGGGAAAAUAAUGAUACAAACCACAUGAAAUUUUAUCCUAUUUCUUAUAGACUGAGGUGGAACGGGUGCUCUUUGUGAGGCAGGAAUACUUUUCUUUGCUGACUUUUGUACAUAGGGUUAGCGCCCCAGAGAAAAAUGCCUCCUCUAACCCAUGGAGCAAGCGAAGAGGCCAUGCAGGUUUCACAUGCUGCCUCAUCUUUUCUCUCCUUGGUCCUGUGGUCUUGAUGCUGCAUGAGGUGGAGAAUGUUCUUGUUUGAUGUAACUGGCUUUCGCGAUGGAUCCGUCUCUGUGCUGGGUGUUAAGCUCUCUGCUUGUUUUACAGAGGAGGCAACAGAAGGCAACAAAGAGUUAGUCUAAACUGGAUCAGAAGCAGCAACUUUAGUGGAAGUUCUCCCCCAUUACCAAGCUCUGAUCCAUCUGUUUUCCCAUGAGAAAUUGUUCUGAUUCCUAAAUUUGGUCAGUAGAAAGAACAGAGCAAAUUAACUGAAUUUCCUUCCUUCUGAUCCGUCUAAAUGAUCCUAGCAAAAUGAUCCUAGUAAAUGUCAUUCUUGCCUGUUGGCACCUUGCUUAACAGCACAGUGGUUAUCAUCCUGUGUGGAUGCGCUUAAACCUACAUUAUCUGCAGUCCUGUUGAACUGGAGACAGAACGCAUGUGGCUGUCUCUGUAGGACUUAGUUCCUGUGGUCGUCAGGAUGGCUGUCCUUUGGAAGCGGGUAUAGGAUGUGGGUGCUUCAGAGCGCCUGUAGAAGGUGGACCUAAGUGGAGGAGGCAGACAGUAGUGAUAUGGAGUGCUUCCUUUUCUGUGGGAAUUACUGGGAGGUGACAGCAAGAUCGAAAUCUUGGGAGUUGUUACUGGACUUGCAGAUGCACUUGGAUAUUGGAUACUUCAAACUGGAAACCUCAAGUACAAAGGGUGCAUGGCCAUUUCUUGGCCAGAGGAGUGAAAGCUCUGCCUCUGGAGGUGGUGAGAGGGGACGAUGUGCUGGUGUCACUAGCACCUUGGUGUCUCUGCCUUGGCUGCCCAGGGCCAGCUGUCCUGCCAGGGAGGCUAAUGGGAAGCUGUGCCUGAAAAGUAUUUGAAGCAUGUGCAAGAUAAAUGCUGCUGCACUUAAGGACUUAAUGGCACAUAAUAGCCUGGGCAUUUUGAUGAAGCUUUUGUCUAUUGUCCAUUUCUGGAUUUUUAGGAUGAAUAAAUAUUAUGUAAGGGGA